AUGUCCAGGGAGAUGACUUAUCAACUUAAGACCUUGAACUUGGAGCAUACAUGUACAAAGAGCUACAAAAAUCCAAGGUGUACUGCUAAGUUCCUUGCAAAGAAGUUGAUGAAAAAGGUGAGGAGACAAUCUGACAUAAGACUGAAGGAUAUUCAAGAUGUUGUUCAUGAGAAGUAUGUGGUGCAUAUCAAUGCUGGGAAGGCUAGCAGGGCUAAAGAAAUGGCUCAAGAGUUUGUAGAUAGGACUUUCACAGAGCAAUACAAUCAACUUUGGGAUUAUUGUGCAGAACUGAAGAGAUCCAGUCCUGGUAGUACAGUUCUGAUGAAGACUCACACUUUUAAUGAGGGAGACUUGGCAUCUGAUAUGGAUUUACAUAUUGGAGUGCCCUACUUUGAGAGGUGGGGGAGGGGGGGGCAGCUGAUGGUUGCAGUAGCCAAGGAUCCUAAUGAGGAGUACUUUCCUCUAGCUGUUGCAGUGAUGGAAGCUGAAACCAAGGACUUAUGGACUUGGUUUAUCAACUUGUUGCUAGCUGAUAUUGGUGAUAGUAAGAGGUGGGCUUUCAUAACAGACCAGCAAAAGGGGUUAGUGCAGGCAUUUGCAGAUAACUGGCCUCAUUAUGAACAUAGAAUCUGUUGUAGACAUUUAUACAACAACUUGAGGAAGCAACAUCCUAGUCUCUUGAUCAGGGAUUUGUUCUGGAGAGCAGCAAAAGCUACUUAUGCACAGGAGUAUGAGAGAUUAAUGAAUAAGAUGAAGGAUGUUGAUGAGGGUGCAUAUUUUUGGUUGAAAGGGCAUACCACAACAAUAUGGGCUAGACACAUGUUCAGGAGUGAUGGUCUAACUGAUACUGUCUUGAACAAUAUGUGUGAAAGUUUCAACAGCAGGAUAUUAAAAUUCAAAGGGAAGCCCAUUAUCAGUAUGCUUAAGGACAUCAAAUUGUAUUUGAUGAACAGGUCCCAACAAAAUAGACUAAGUAUUUUGAAGGUGGAGUCUGAGUUGUGCCCUAAAGUAUGUAAAAGAUUGCACAGAGAAAAGAUGGGUAGCAGUAGAUGGUUGGCUUGUUGGGCUUCUGACACAAGGUUUGAGGUUAAGAAUGGGCUGGAAAUGAGACAUCUCUGGCAUUCCAUGUUGCCAUGCAAUUUCUUCAACAAAGAGGCAGCUGAGAAGUACACUGAUAAUUGCUACAGAGUCAGCACAUACAAGGCAUGCCAUGAGCCAGUGAUUGAUCCAAUCAAUGGUCAGAAUAUAUGGACCCCAACUAGACUCUCACUUGUGCAGCCUCCAAUAAAGAGAAGGCCACUUGGUAGGCCCAAGAAGAAGAGAGUAAGGGAACCUAAUGAACCAAGCAAGGGGCAUAGCAAGGGUUUGGGUAUUGCAAAGAGAUGCAAAUCAUGUGGGAAGAUAGGCCACAACAAAAGAAGUUGCAAAGGUGAGGUUGGGGGCAAUUCUUCACUGCCUACAGCUGCUGCUAGUGGUCCAAACAGAAGGAGUUCUAGGCCAAAACAGACAAGUAACAGUGGUCAUGGUGGUAGAGUAAGUGGAGUGGCCAUCAAUGAGCCAAAUCAACAAAGGGUACCAUCUACCAACAGGCCAGCCAACAAUAGUGCAGCAAACAACAGAAGCAGUGCACCCUCCAACAAUCCAGCCAACAACAACAGUGCAGCAACCACCUACACACCUAGGAGCAGUGCACUCCUCAACACUUCAACAUCCAAGAGGAGGAAGGGGAGUAUCACAAGUGACACUUUGAAUGCAUCAAGAAAUGCAUCUAGGUAUAGAGAAGUAUUGAGGGGUAAUGAGAGCCAAGCAUCUAUGCAUGGACCAAGGGGAUCAGCUAGUGGAAUCUGA